CGGGCCUUCGCUGCGUUGCAUGCUGGGACUGGUAGUUUCUCCCACGCACUUACUCAAGGCAGGCGCUCUCUCCCCGCUAUUUUCCUUGACCCCUCUGCCUUCCCGUAGCGUUCGGGUUCUGACUUGAUACGGAGGCCGCCGGGCCAUGGUGCCCCGAGUGCUUCGGGCCCUUCGCUUCCUUGUUGGGACAGCUGCGACACGUUCUCAGAGGGUUGCCCGUUGCUCUACGGCGACGCGGAGCCCGCACGGCAUUAAGGCCACCAUGGCAGUCCGAGAGUGCCCUGCCCGCGACUGGGAGUCCCACAGGCUGGGCGCCGAGGAGGCAGCCGGGGGAGAGUCCGGAGGGAGCGGAGAACCUUCCUCCUACGCCAGCCAGUUACAGAUGGAUAGCGAUGGAUGCCAUAGCAUGGAGCAGAAGAAAAAGCAAAGUAAAAAACAAAAAAAGGAGUUGUGCAGUCUUGAUGGUUCCAUACGCUGUUUGAUGAUGGAAAUGCCAUUUGCCAAAGCAGAUAUUGAGAAUGAAUUUAAUGACAACUGUGCACUUCAUUCAAACAUUAAGAAGAAGAGAAAGAGAACUACAGGAACAGAGAAUGAAGGAGAAAAUCUAAUAAAGAAAAAAAAGAAAAAACAAGACCGGCCAAAUUAUUUUAUCUCUCUUCCAAUUACAAAUCCAAAGAUCAUGGAUGGUAUUAAGGCUCUUCAGAAUACAAUAAUAAAAAAGGAUUGCAGGCUUUCUAAAGCAAUGGUUCAUCAUGGUUCUUUGCAUGUCACCCUCUUAGUAAUGCAUUUGUCCAGUGAAGAAGUUAUUGACAAAGCAAUUGGUGCUUUCUUGGAGAGUAAAAACUUAAUAGAAGAACUCCUGCAAGAGAAGCGCCUGGACGUCUCAUUUCAAGGAAUUGAUCACUUUAGAAAUCAGGUUGGAUUUGUGAAGUUGGCAGACGGUGAUCAUGAAGCAACACUUUUAAAGAUAGCAGAGAUUGUGAAGAAAGUAUUUCAGGAAAAGGGCAUCCUCACGGGAGAUGACAAAGCUCUUAAGCCUCACUUGACUUUCAUGAAGUUGUCAAAAUCCCCCAAACUUCGAAAACAGGGAGUGAAAACAAUUGAUCCAGCUUUAUAUGACAGUUUCAAGAGCCAUUAUUUUGGAGAUGAACUCCUAAAUCGUCUAGAUCUGUGUUCGAUGAUGAAAAAAAAGCAGCCUAAUGGCUACUAUCACUGUGAAUCCUCUAUUACUGUUGGGAAAAGCCAUGAAGCCAAUGUAGUAAAGGAAGCUUUGCACAAAGAACAGUUGGCCCUGUUAUCCAAACUGAAUCAGAUAAAGGCGCUUUUGUCAAGCCCAGAGAUCCGGAUGAAAAUGUACAAGGAACUGCUUGUAACAGGACUUAGUGGCAGCAUCUGGGAAAAUUAUUCCAGUGCUGCAUCUUCCCUCACUUAACUAAAAUUGCAUUUUUAGACAGAAUAUUUGUUAAACAAAUUUGUCUUGUUUAUUUGGGGGGAAGUCGACAUGAAAAUAUUUGAAAUCAAAAGAAAUAAUACACGAUAAGAUAUACAAAUACAUGCUUUCAGAAUCCAUCUGUUGCACAGAAUUAAAAAAAUACAUAUCUUAAGGGAUCUUAUAUUUUAUGUGUUUGCCAGAGGAGGGAAAAACAGUAACCAUGCACAGAAAUGGCACUCUUUAUUUUUAAAGAUUGUGCAACUCAAGUAUAGAAAGCCAGUAUAAGACAGCAUGGCUUAGGCAAUGUCUUGGUUAAUGCCAUCUUGUAUGCUUACUGCUGCCACAGGAAGUCAAAUGGCACAUCUGUAUAGAAACUUCCUGGUUCAGUACUUCAGCCCAAUCUAAGAAUUGUAGGAAGCACAACUGAAAAAGAUUUACUUUUGGAAGAAUAGUGUAUUCUCUUCCUUUGGAUGGAUUGGUCCUCCUGAGUUAACCCUGCAAUUCCUUCCCUAUACCAUAACACCUCCGUUUAUCGUAUAAUCCACUGAUAAGAUUACUCUGGUUGUGUAUGGGUACUGUGCAGUUUGCAAAUAUCAGAUACUCAGCACAUUCAAAGCCUUGAAAAAAUGAGUAAAGUUCUGUCAAAGUUAAGUAAUUUGCAGUGCAAUCCUAUGCAGAGUUACUCCAGUUUAAGCUCAGUAAAAUUGUCAGGCUCCAGCUCUAUCUAUACUUACUUAGGAGUAAGCCACAUUGAACUCGAGAGACUUACUCUAAGUAAACACAUAGAGAAUUAUGUUGAACAAGCCUCACAGAUUUCAAGAGGUGCUGCGUGUUCACAUUUAUAAUUCUCUCCUAUUGAAAUCAGUAAGGCAUUCAAGAGUUCUGUGCUGUGGUUAUAUCAUGCCCCCCUGUGUGUACAUGUCUUUUGAACUGAACUCAUUAUUCAUUGUUCUUUAACAAAUCAUUUCAGGAUCUAUAAAGUAACAAUUUCAGGAAAAUUAAUAAAUUAAUUUUAAACUGUACAGCCAAUGUUUUGUAGUACAAUGUAUAUAUACUGAUGUUUUGAUUGUUCAAUGUUUUCUUUUUUUAAACAGAAUUUGAAAUCAAAUGUACAGAUGCUGAAAUAUUAUUUCUGUUGUUGUUUACAUUCAAACAGGAAUGUUUUAAGUUACUCAAAGUUCAUUGUGAACUCACAAAACUGAAUGAACCUUACCUAAUCAUUUCUUAAAGGACUGUGCUUGAUUCCCCCCUCUUAAAUUCUUGAUGUCUUUACUUUUCUGUAAAUAUCUGGAGUUUGCUAGAGCCAUAGUAUUGUAACAUUAGUCCAUUAUUUUAUUUCAGGGACACUUGAGAAAUCCCAAAUCCAACAAGGGUGGACCUGUAUAUACUAGUCUGUGCAGAAGAAACUACAAUGGAAAGAUAGUUUUUAGAUACUUGGACAUUUCUUUUGGAUUUGUCAGCCAUAUUUUGACUGUUUUUAGAUGCUGAUCCUUGCUAACUUAAAUGUAGGCAUAUAAGCUACAAAUUUGAAUUAAACUCAAGUAAAGGAUACCACCAGAACUAAAGUGAAGGAUGCCACCAGAAUAUGGAUUACCUACAUUUUAACUUCAAAUAUUGAGGCCCAGAAACCCUGCAUCUAAUCUAGACUAUACCUGUGGCUUAAAGUCUAAGGUAUUCAUACCAGUGAUGUCACUGGGAUGUGCCAUGGGCCAAAUACUUCUGAGCAUGCUAUAGCCUGCAUUGGGAUGCCACCGUUGCUGCAUGCAAGGGUAGAAAGGAGGAAUCAACUUCCAAAGAGAAAAUUUUUCAUGGUCUAAUCCACCGCAACAUUUCUCUUUGUGGCCAUCUCUGGUGCCUUCAGGACUUUUGUGUUCAUUAAGUUCUAUCUUGGAUACUGUUCUAAAAUGGUAGUGCUAAGUAUAACUUCUUCGUACGUGCAACAAGCCUGCUUGUAAGAAUGGCUAGAGACAGUGUAUGAGAGACAAGUGACAUUCUGUCAGAGUGCUGCUGCAGCCAACCUUAAGCAUAACAGAUGAUAACCAUCUUGGAGUAACUGCUGUGAAAAUGAAAUCGUGCAGACUCUUCUGAGGAAGGGAGAAUCCCUUAACCUUAAAGUGGAGGGCUGUGAUUCCUCUUCUUCACCCCAAUACCCAUUUCCAAACACAUUACUAUUUCUUUUUCUAUCGUGACACCAAUAUUCAAGAGCUAUGGAUUUAAGAAGAAAUAGCUAUUUUAUUCCUAAUAUAUGUGUAAGAGCUAGCAACUUUGCUACUUUCGCUUUGGCAUACUGUUAAGGUGAGGUGCCAAGAUAAAGAAACUGGCUGCCAAAGUAAAGCAUGCUUUGAUUGUACUGAUAUUCUAAGUGAUGAGCAUAACCAAAUCGAAACACAGGCACAGAUAAUGAACUCUUUAUUUCAGGCUAUGUAGCCUUUAGAAACCACUGCAUACCAGAACCAGUUUUCUCAUGCUAACUACAGACUUAACCCCAUUUUUGCUCCCAAACAAUCUUGGCACCUCCAUUUUCACACAGUGGAUCACAACACAGUAGUGUUGUGUGAUGUGACAAUUUUAGUGCUUGCACUAAAAACAUGCAAAAAAUUAAAAAUGGUAACCCCUUUCCAUAGACAGUGUAUACCAAGGACUUCUACACUGACCAUAAUCUAGAGUUUGUGCACAUGAAGGAAAUUUCCAAUUACAGCAGACAGGAUCUUUUUUUCCAGGCCAUAGAGACAAUAGGAAAGGCCCAUCUACUGAGCCAAUAUGCUGAAUCCUGCCAUUAUAUUGUAGUCUGUUUUGCAAUGCUGAAUAGAAAGCACUUAUUGUAUCCCCUUCCUUUGCUAAAGAAGCACAGCAUGUACUUGGAAAAGGCAUGAUUGGUUUGCAGGCUCAUCUCUUUCUUUUAGUGUUGUCCCUCUAGAAUGGACUAAACACUUCUCAUUCCAGAACAUUUUGCUCCAAAACCUCCAUAGAAUAAACACUGAAGCUGUACACGACAUUUUUAAAAUUUUGAUCUGACAAUUAUCCUCUAGCAUGUAGCAUCAACUGUUAGCAGUCAGAUUCUCCCACUGAGGGGCAGUUUAUAUUUAUGAAAUCACAAACACUCUCAUAUGUUAGAAGCAUAAGGCACUGCCUGGCAUGAAGUUAAACAAAAUAGAUGCCAGCCAGGUAGGAACCUGGAAAAUACUUUAGAAGGGGAGUCAGAGUGGCUAAGGACCCCCUCCAUGCCCUGGAGGGAUGCAUAAUUUAGGACAAUAAGGUCUCCCAAGAAACUUCUGCCUAAUCUCAUCCACACCCAGCCUUACUUCCCCUCACCUGUUUACCCUAAUUAAGCACCACCUAACGCUAUUCACCAAAUUUGAUAGCUUUACCUAUCUGGUACUCAAAGGAUUAUCAAACACCAUUUAUACCUAUAGUGUACCUCAAGUAGACCCAUUGAGCCUCUCGCAGCUCAUUAUCCACCUUCAGAAAACCCAUUAUGUCAUUGUUUUGGGGGCAAAGAUGUCAGCUUGCCACAGGGAGCAUUUUGCCCUAUAUCUGGACUCCCUAGCCACCAGUAAAAGAGAGAGAGUCUUUGGAGCCAUACACGUGCCUGUUUGGGCCUUCUCUUGUUCUCCGUGAAACGCUGGUCGUUUUGCUGCUGUAGACCUCUAUCCUCAAGACUGGUAACAAUAGCCUUCUCUGAAACUUUCUCCCCUUUUCCUCCCUGAUUUCCUUUUAGUUAGCAUCUUGUGUGUGCUAUGUGUGUUUGUAUGUUUGCCCUUUUAUUUCCCUUUUAAUAAAAACUUUCCAGUUGAA